UGCGUAUGUUCUCUCUCUCUUUCUUUCUCUGAUGAAAUUUACAGGCUUUGCUUUUCUGAAUGACACUGCAAAAAGAUAAGUUUCAAACGGAGCUUCCCUUCUGACAUUUCCAUCCUGCAAGACCUUAUGAACAUGAUACAUCAAACCCACAAAAUAUAUACAUACACACAUUUGUAUCUAUAUGUUUUACACACACUAGUGUGUGUAUUGUUUCUGUAAUGUUAUCAGUCAUCAAUGCAAAGGACACCAACUAAUACAGUAGCCCUUUCAAACGCACCUGCUCACUCACAUGUACUCUAAAAUUACUUUUCUCUCUUUCUCUCUCUAGAUUUAGGCCGUAACUUUCUCUCUCUAAAAGGGAUAAGACAGAAAGAGAGAGAGAAAAAGAGACGGCGGAUCUGGUGGUGGUGUUGGUGGAAACAAGGGAUGAUUGAAGAAGGGUAUGGAGGUGGAUGAAAUUGAACGACAGGUGAGUAAGUUUCAAAGGAUUGGUUCUAAUGGUGAUAAUUCUUCAAAUCCUCAUAAAAUAGCAACUCUGAGAGGGAAUUUGGAUUUACGAAACCAUGAGCAUCGGUUUCCCGAUGAGAAUGGUGGCGUUGGCGGGAGGCUUUGUGGGUGGCCGGCGUCUCGAAUCGUUAGGGUUUCUAGGGCUUCGGGUGGGAAGGAUAGACAUAGUAAGGUUUUGACAUCGAAAGGGUUGAGAGACCGCCGUGUACGGCUGUCGGUAACGACAGCCAUCCAGUUUUACGAUCUACAGGACCGAUUAGGUUAUGAUCAGCCGAGUAAAGCGGUGGAGUGGUUGAUUAAGGCGGCGUCGGGUUCUAUCGCUGAGCUUCCAUCUCUUGAUCCGUCGUUUACCGGUGCCGACGGCCAUAACCAGCACCACCACAACGACCAUAACAACCAGCAUCAGAAGCAGCUGAGCGACGAGAAGAAAUCCACGGGACACGACGCCGAAUUUGAAGAUCCGAACUACCAGAACCACCACGAGCAGAAUAACAAUAAUAAUAAUAAUAACAAUGUUUCGUUAUCGAAAUCGUCGGCUUGUAGUAGCACAUCGGAGACCAGUAAAGGUUCUGGACUUUCGUUAUCUCGAUCUGAAAAUCGGGUCAGAGCUCGAGAACGAGCUCGAGAAAUGGCGGCGAAGAAGGAAAAGGAAAAGGACACUGAUCCCGUUAGGGCUUCUGUUGUGACUCAAGUUAACGGUAUUGCUCAUAACUCAUCGUUUACGGAUCUCCUCACCGGCGGGAUUAACAGCAACACCGUUAGUCCGAACCCAGCGGCGACUCCCGAAUCCAGAAUGCAGUGGACAACUCCAAUGGAUUACUUCUUCAACCGUCCACCACAGUCUUCACCCCAAAUAAUCCAAAUGCCACAGUUCAACAUCGCCGCCGUAGACAACCACCCGCAGCAGCACCAUUUCUCUUUCCUUCAAGAAAAUUUUGCUCCGGUUGUGACGACUAGUGGCGGCGACGGUGGCGGAGAAAGCUAUAACUUAAAUUUCUCCAUUGCAGCAUCGUCUUCCGGCGGCGGUAUUGCUCCGGGUUUCAAUAGGGGGACCCUUCAGUCCAAUUUAUUAUCUAUUUUGCCUCAUCACCACCACCACUUUCAGAGGUUUCAGUCGCCAUCUAUGGUGGAUGGAUCCACAUCUACAAACUUCCCGUUCUUUAUAGCUCCAACCAUCGGCUCCGGAGCUCCUGAACAUUUCCCGGCAACAGGGUAUGACUCCCAACGCCGACAACUAUACGGUGGAGCAGAUGGUGGAGCUCGUCACUCUGAUCAUCACAAGGAAAAGUCAAAGAACUAAGUCUUCUCCAUCUCUGAAGAGAAGAGAGAGGAGGGAGUAUGAUCAGUAAAUCCAUGGUGAUGGGUUGUUAUUGCAAGCAAAUGGAUAUGUAUGUGUUGUGUGUACAAGUAAUAGUGUUUGUGAGGAAUUAAUUAAGGCAUGAGAAUGGAACAUUAAUUCGUUUUUGAUUUUGUGUUGUUGUAUUUGAUUAAUUUAAAGCUUUUGAUCAAGGCCUUAAUUGUAUGCUGUUAAUUCUUCGCUUUUAAAUGUGAUUAUUAUUAUUAUUAUUA